AUGGGCAAAGUCAUUCUCGUCCUCGGCGCAACUGGAACGCAGGGCGGCUCAGUUGCCAAAGAGCUGUUAUCAAAUUCUGGAGAAUACAAAGUACGCGUAUUGACGCGCAACCCUAAUUCAGACAAGGCAGGAGCGUUGGCAAAGCUCGGUGCUCAAUUAACCACGGCGGAUUUGACGGAUCCAUCGACUUUGCCGCAAGCCUUCAAGGAUGUAUGGGGAGUUUUUGCCGUCACUGACUUCUACGACACGACUGUCCUAGACGAUCCAACAAGUGAAGAGACACAGGGACGAAAUAUUGUGGAAGCCGCGAAAGAAGCUGGUGUGCAAUGUCUUAUUUGGAGCACUCUGCCCAGCUCCUAUGAGAUCUCUGGUGGCAAAUUUGUGACGCGGUUAUAUGAAGGCACUCCAUCAGGGAAACAAUCCAUAGAUGCCGUGAUUCGAAGGGCGGGUGUUCCUGGCGCCUUCGUUCGCACCGGCAAUUUCUAUGAGAAUAUGAUCCUUCGCAAGUACGCUGGUUAUGACAAGGAGAGGGACUUGAUCACCAUGACACGGCCAAUUAUCACGGGAAAGGCUGAAAACUUGGGCGCUGUCUGCAAAGCCAUAUGGGACCAGUGGGAUAACAGGAAGGCUGCGCUUGACGGCAAGUAUUUCCUGGUUAGUGGAGCGCGUGAGACGCCUGAAGAUAUCAACAAGAUCAUUGAGAGGGUCUCCGGGAAAAAGGUCGUCUACACCACGAAGCCAACUUGUGGCAUCAAGGAUCGUGACAUCAUGUUGCAGCUGUAUGAGGAUGUUGGAAUGUACCCCGGCGUUCAAAUACCUGAUCCUGCAGUCACCGACUUGGGCGUGAAACAGCAUGGCGCCGAGGACUACGUCAGAGAGAAACUGCUUCCUCAUCUUGGGCUUCCCGCGAUCAGCUAG